ACCUAAACAUAGAAGACAGCAGAAUUUGCGAAAUCCAGAGUGGGUUGGGUUGGUAAAUAAGGGCCAGAUCCAGGGCUUUUAUAUUUCUCAAUUCUCGCAUUCGGAUACUGUAAUCAUAAUCAUCACUUUUUAUUUCUGCGUACAUCUUCAUAUUUCUGUACGGAUACUGUAAUCCACGGCGAGGGCUGAAACGAAGGUUCCUCACAGCUCAAAUCCAGGCAAUAGACUUCUUACAGCUCUCUCUCUCUCUCUCUCGCGUUUGUGGAGUUCUCUGGAGUCUGAUCGUCGAUGGGAUUGUGGGAGGCUUUCCUCAAUUGGCUUCGCAGCCUCUUUUUCAAGCAGGAAAUGGAGCUUUCUUUGAUAGGACUUCAGAAUGCUGGGAAAACAUCACUUGUUAAUGUUGUUGCAACUGGUGGAUAUAGUGAAGACAUGAUUCCUACGGUAGGAUUCAACAUGAGGAAAGUAACUAAAGGGAACGUCACGAUAAAAUUGUGGGAUCUUGGAGGUCAGCCUAGGUUUCGCACUAUGUGGGAGAGAUACUGUCGUGCAGUUUCUGCUAUUGUUUAUGUGGUUGAUGCUGCUGAUCCAGAUAACAUUGGCAUCUCAAAAAGUGAACUCCAUGAUCUGCUGAGCAAACCCUCACUGAAUGGUAUUCCUUUGCUGGUACUGGGAAACAAAAUCGACAAGCCAGGAGCUCUGUCCAAACACGCUUUGACUGAAGAAAUGGGACUCAAAUCAAUUACUGACAGAGAAGUAUGCUGCUUCAUGAUCUCUUGCAAGAAUUCUACCAACAUUGAUUCUGUUAUUGAUUGGCUUGUAAAGCAUUCCAAAUCUAAGAGCUGAGAAGGGUUUUUCUCUCUUCCUGUAUUCUGGUUUCUCUUUGUUGAAAUUUCUGAAUGAUGUGUUUCUGGGUUGUUGGUGGUGAGAUUCACUGGUCUAACUCUAUUGCUGAUUGUUUUACAUUUGUCUUAUUUUCUUUAAAGCUGCUAUAUAGUGUACAUUAGACUAUGUCCUUUGUAAUUGAUGAUUUCAGGGUUUUUUUUUUCAUGGUUUUAAUGAUCAGAAUUUGGCUGCUUCU